AUGCCUCUCCUCGGCAGCGAGGUCGGUGACAAGUCCCUCUACGGGACUGUAUUUAGCGUAGGAGUCCUCGCCCAUCUCUUAGUAUUUCGGCUGGGCGAAUGGGAUGGAGUUCCCGGUCGGAUUGCUGCGUUCUUCGCUGCGAUGUACGCGAUUUGCAGCGCCGCAUCAAUCUAUGUCCUUGCUGGAGCAUAUGGUGACAUCUCGGCAGUCUUGAUGAGUGUGUCCGCACUAUUUUUGACACUCCUACUUGGGCUAUUCGCAUCCAUGAUGAUUUACAGAGCUGUAUUCCAUCGUCUUCGAUCAUUUCCAGGACCCAGCCUUGCCCGUAUAUCCAGCAUUUACGCAGCCCGAAUGGCGACGAGAAGGUUUAAAUACUUCGAAGAGGUCGACCAACUACAUCAAGUGUACGGCGAUUUCGUCAGAAUUGGGCCCAAUCAUCUAUCUGUCGCACACCCCGCAGCUGUACAAGCAGUUCACUCCAGCUCUUCCCGGUGUCUCAAAGGCCCUUUUUAUAACGCACAGCUCCCUGCGGUAUCUCUAAUCACAUCUCGUCAUCCUCACGAGCACGCACGGCGGCGUAAAAUUUGGGACAAUGGGCUGUCAUUCAAAGCGAUAAGGAGUUACGAGGCUAAUAUCGCUAAAUGUACAUCACAGCUUAUAAAUAAUAUCGAGGCAAGCCUUGAUCGUAGGAUUGACAUGAGCCACCAUUUCACCCUAUACACUUUCGAUGUGAUGGGGACACUUGCAUUUGCUAAAGAUUUCAAGAUGCUGGAAUUGAAAGAGCUUCACCCGAUCUUCAAGUUCCUGCAUGAAUCAAUGCUAUCAGUUGUGAUUUUCGGCUAUGCGAUGUGGUUUCUCACCCUCUUGAAGAACAUCCCCGGCUUGGCAUUGCCGAUGAAAAGGCUGAAUGCCUGGGCGGAUCAGCAAAUUGAAGAUGAAUUCAGAGACAAGCCGGAAACUCCGAAUGUGUUCUCGUGGCUGUUGAAGGAUUACAUGACGCUACCCAAUCCUACCCCACAGGAUCGAAUGAACCUCCAAGCAGAUGCUACCUUGAUCGUUGUGGCUGGAAGUGAUACGACUGCAUUGACACUGACGUGCCUGCUCUUUGAGCUUACGAGCCACCCUGACGUGUACCGGAAGCUUCAGAACGAGGUAGACGCACAUCUUUUGGACAACAAAGAGCUUCAAAACGACUCCCUUAUCGGGAUGGAGUAUUUGCAAGCGUGCGUUGAUGAGUCUAUGAGAAUACAUCCAAUCAUCCCUGGCGGCGUGCAAAGGCAUACGCCCCCACAAGGGCUCCAAGUCGGGGAUACGUUCAUUCCUGGAGAUGUUAUCAUCCAGGUUCCUAUGCACAGCGUUCAUUAUGACAAGCGAUCGUUUCCGCAGGCCGAUCAGUUCAUUCCUGAGCGGUGGACAUCGAGACCGGAUCUAGUCGUAGAUAACUCUUGUUUCACACCCUUUCUGACUGGCAAGUAUAGUUGCCCUGGGAAGCAGCUGGCUUUGCUAGAGAUACGGCAAGUCAUUUGUGAGAUCGCUCGUCGUUACGAUAUAAGUUUCUCUGAAACCCAAACCAGGACGUGCUUCCUUGAGAAUAUCAUCGACGGCUUCAGCUUGCAUUGUCCCAAGCUGGAACUGAUCUUCUCGCCUAGGAGCACACAUUGA